GUCAACAUACUCUAAGGAAAACUUACACAACACAGCGUCGAAUCAAAUGUUUCACCUCUGGGAUGAGCUCCCUCUAGAGCUGAAGUUGCGAGUCCUCGAAGAACGUCUCCUCCUCAGCCGUCCACUCCAUCCCAGUACUGUCGAGAACCAUGUUAAGCGUGCUCUCCUUCCUCUGGUCUUAAGCAACAAAGAAAUCAGGCUUCUCGCCACCGAGGCCUUCUACUCGAAAAACUCGUUCGUUGCAAGAAGAUUUCGAAGACGUGAAUACGAUGAAUUUCCAGAUAUCAGUCCUUUCUGCUACCCGAAUGCAACUAUUGGCCCAUUCGUCCGCAAGCUAGAGGUCCAUUUGAUAAUCAACACGUCGAUCUCCUCAGUUCAGGGCAUGCUCACGUCAGAUCUGGACUGGCGGUAUCUUCUACGCCCAAAUGAAGGAGUGAUGCCCGAACCCAAGCGGAUGAAGCAUGAAUCAUUUAACAAUGCUUGGACGCCACAAACCACUCGGUGGCAAGAUUGCCUACCCAACUUACUCGACUUAAAAAUAGUGUUGACCGUCAAAGCAUCGAUUCGUCUGCUCGAGAAGUGUACUUGCAUGACACUUCAUGGCAACGGAGGCAUGCGCACUAACCCUCCACUUGCUGCUGAUUUCCCAGAACGCCUGAAGCAUACACAUAUUCCCAUUCGCGCGAAAAAGGUUGAGGUUAUCGUUGAGGGUAUGGACUGCGACGACUGGAACGUAGAGCACCAGCAGAGUGAAUUUGGUAGUCGCUGUGCUGACAUCGUCGCUAAUACGAUUCGAAGCAAGAUCCAGCAAUUUGACUAGCUGUUUUGCUUGAGACCUAAUGCCGAGCAUUCUUUUGAAAGUUAGAGUUGCGCAAGACUUCGCGGUCUGACUCUCCCUUACGUCAAGUCGUCCUCAAGCGAACCCUUACUGUCGUUACACAGAAAAGAGGACAUUAGGAAAACUACAAGGACAAAAACGCUGU